UUGGCAGCGGACCCGCGGUGCCGAUGUCGUUGUAGCCUUGUAGAGAACCUUUUGGAUCUCAUUUCCCAACUAUAAAAGGCGAAGGUUACGUUUUUCUUGGCCACCGUUUACGCGAACAGUUCUGAAGGUUGCUGAAGCCAAAGGCCAUAAUUUAUUCUCUGAAUUUGGAGGGACUAUCGUUAUCUGUUGAUUGAUCUUUGCGGUGCUAAGGACUUUUAGUUGAACUUUAUUUAUUAGGGGAUGGCUGAGGAGGGUCACAGGGUUGCCUUGAAUGUGUAUGAUCUCAGCCAAGGAUUGGCACGCCAGCUUUCAACAACAUUUUUGGGGAAAGCAAUUGAGGGAAUUUGGCACACAGGAGUAGUGGUAUAUGGUAACGAAUACUAUUUUGGGGGAGGCAUACAACAUGACCCUGCUGGAAGAACCCCAUAUGGAACACCAAUUAAAGUGGUAGAUUUGGGUAUCACACAUGUACCGCAAGAUGUAUUUGAAGUGUAUUUGCAGGAAAUUAGUCCCCGUUAUACUGCCGAAACAUACAGUUUGCUUUCUCAUAACUGCAACAACUUCAGUAAUGAGGUUGCACAAUUUUUGGUGGGUGUGACCAUUCCAGAAUAUAUUCUUCAGCUUCCUAAUGAAGUUAUGAGCAGUCCAAUGGGUGCUCUUAUAAUGCCUAUGAUACAAAAUCUGGAGACAACAUUAAGAGCCGGAGCUGUCCCUCAAGCUCCACAAUUCAGGCCUCAGCCUUCAACAGUUAUUAAUAAAUCCUUAGUUAACGGUCCUACUGCAUCCGCAAACACAGUUGUCGGAGCGGCCAAUAAAGCAGUGAAAUCUGAAGACACCAAGUCUGAGGAGCCAACAGUAUCAGAGAAGCCAGUAGCUGUCAAACCUUCAGGAGUAGAAAAGCAAUCAGUGAAUGGGAUUGCAGGAGACCCUCUUGGGGAUGCUAGGGGCAAGGUGCAGGAGGAGAUAAGUCGUGAAUUUGCAGCUAUAAUGGCUACUGGUACAUUGCGUGCGAGUGAAGCUGCAGCCCUUGCGACUAGGAGAGUGAUGCAAAGAUAUGGGAAUCUGAAUGUUGCAGUGAAUCAGAGUUAGAAAUUGGGACUGGAAUUCGUAGUCAGCAUUAUUUUGGCUUGUUGCAUGUAAAAGCCCUUGUACUUUUGGGAAACUUGCAAUUUAGCCCUUCAUGUUUUAUUUUAUUUAAUUAAAUACAAUUCUGAUUUUAUGUUCCA